CUUGCAUUGUUUCACUGGGUCAUUUGACUCGGUCCUGUUAUUUGUUCGAGUUUGUCAUUAGUGGGUAGUUCAUUCUUAGUGAUGCCCUAUUACAGGUUUUCCAGAUUCCGCUCACCUAGACGAAGGGGUUUUUUUGGAGGAGGUAGGAGGCUUCGGUCCGUAGAUUGGAGUGCGUACACUCUUGCUAAAUUCGAAAAGAAGUUUUAUCAUGAAUGUUCGAGCGUUCGUGAUCGUUCACGUAGAGAUGUCGAGGAGUUUCGAUCCAAGCACAAAGUUACUGUUCUUGGACACAAUGUUCCUAGGCCCUUGUUCAAAUUCAGUGAGGCCGGCUUCCCAAGUUACAUAAUGAGCGUAAUCAAGAAAAGCAAGUGGGACUCGCCUACCCCUAUUCAGUGUCAGGGUUGGCCGGUAGCACUCAGCGGACGUGAUUUGGUUGGGAUAGCUCAGACAGGAUCAGGGAAGACAGCUAGUUUCCUCCUGCCAGCGAUCGUUCACGCCAAAGCCCAACCGAGCCUGAAACGAGGGGAUGGACCGAUUGUUUUAAUCCUUGUUCCAACUAGAGAGCUUGCGCAACAAGUAGAAAAGGUUGCCGAAGAUUUUUGUUAUUCAGCUGGGUUCAAGUCUGCAUGUCUUUAUGGUGGGGCAUCAAGAACUGGUCAGGCAGAAGCUUUGGGACAGUCUCCUGAAGUAGUUAUAGCGACUCCCGGUCGUCUCCUGGAUUUUCUGGAAUCGAGACAUACAAAUAUGCGUCGCUGUACUUAUUUAGUGCUAGACGAGGCUGAUCGUAUGUUGGAUAUGGGUUUCGAACCUUCUAUUAGAAGGGUUGUCUCACAAGUUCGUCCGGACCGACAGACUUUGAUGUGGUCGGCCACAUGGCCUAGGGAAGUAAAAGCACUGGCAGAAGACUUCCUUUAUGAUUACAUUCAAAUAAAUGUUGGUUCAACCAAGUUGAGUGCGAAUCACAACAUUCGACAACAUGUAGAAAUUCUGAAUGAGAGUGAAAAGUUCAAGCGCCUCCUCAGCCUACUCAAUUCCUUCGACAAUGCUCGUGUGCUUGUCUUUACGGAAACCAAAAAACGUGCGGAUGAACUUUGUCAAAAACUUCAAGAUAAGGGUUUCGAUGCGACAGCCAUGCAUGGAGAUAAACACCAAAAAGAACGCGAUCGUGCUCUAGACAGUCAUAUAUCUGUUCUUGUUGCCACAGAUGUCGCAUCUAGAGGCUUAGGUAAGUCUUUACUUCUUUGUUGUUGAAUAUUCCUAAACAACCACUGAGUAACUUUCUUCUUAUUCAACUAUCACAUGUCAGGGUGUGGUGAGUUUUGGCAUUCUGGAGUCGUUGGAGCGAUUGGCUCCAUUAUUGGCCUCUGGUUAAACUGGUAUAAUUUGGUUUCGCCAAUCAUUUGGUCGUGUAUUGGACACAGAUUAUGUCUGGUCGACCGUCUUAACAGUUGGAUUGGUACAUUGGAUAUUAGUGUAACGAACGAUUUGGUGAUAUAAGAGAGUCACAUGAACAUCUUGCGUUAAAUCAUCCAACCUCAAUCAUCUUGUUCCUCUGGAUACGUAUUCGUCCUAAGCUGGUUUUUGUAAUUGGUUGGUGAACAAGGUUUCGUUCAUUUGAAUAUUUGGAUCGGUAAGCUUGGAACUAUGUAUUCGUUGCAAAAUUCUGGGAUAAAAUUGGUCUCCAUACUUCCGUUUGGACGCGAUUUGGGAACCAGAACUUUGGUGUCCGUUCUGGACCCAUGAAAACCACGCCACCUCGGCCUUAUGAAACGUGCCAGAUAUUAACGAUGUCCGGUAUAUAAUCAAUUAUGACUAUCCAUCGCAAACUGAAGAUUACAUCCACAGAAUUGGACGAACAGGUAGAAGUGACAAGAAAGGCACUGCAUAUACAUUCUUUAGUGCCAAACAACCGAGAUUGGCUCGGGAACUUAUUGAAGUGCUGAAGGAAGCCCGUCAAACAAUUCCUGACGAGUUGUUCAAAAUUGCAGAGGGAUAUUACGUUGAACGCACUCGGUCAUCCGGACAAUCAUAUCGUCGAAGUAGGUCGGGUUCGAGCCGGAGUGUGAGCUCAGGCAAGAGAAGUACAUCUAAGAGGAGUCGUUCUAGUGCCAGCCGUCACUCUCGAUCUCAUUCGAGCCGCAGUGGGACACCAUACAGGUCAAGAAGUCCUCAAACUAAAGGUUACCACUCGCGUGCCCGGUCCAAAAGUUUGUCGCGCAAUGGGAAUGGUGCAGCAAGUGACGAGUCGAAAGUGAGUUCACCCAGAGAGAGGCGGUCUUAUGGUUCACAGACUCCACCAAAACGCAAAGACCGGUCACAGUCUUCUCAAUAUUCGAAAGAUGCUUCUCGUGAGGAAUCUAACCGUAACCGUUCUAGUUCGGAUGGUAGUCCACCAAAGCGAACUAAAGAAAGAAGUCAUUCAAGUCGAAGUUCACGUUCGGGGAAACAUAAAUACUCUCAUUCAUCACAAAGAGAAGAUGUAGAAAGAGCUCAUUCUGCAUCCAGUGAUGGUCGAUCAGCAUCUCUUCACCGUUCACAGUCAUCAGUCCAUUCUCGUUCAAAAUCAAGUAGUGUGAAGCGGUCCCAACGCAAGUCCAAUAGGUCCUCUGUCAGUCACAAUUCCCAUCAAAGUCCAUCUCGUGAGCACAGUGGAAGUUUGGAACAUUCACCUGCUAGGACUGAUCCUGAUGUUGCUGACCACUCUUCACGUUCUGUUGUCGACGUGAGCCCAGCUGAUGGGUCCUUAGACCGUCGUAAUUCUUCAGUAUCCGAUAAGAAUGAGUCGAUCUCACCCUCAAACUCGAGGGACGUUUCACCACAGUCUGUAACGAAAGAUGAAAGUCCUGUUGCUAAGAGACCCCGAAACGACCAUGUCUCCUCCAAUCGGCAUUCUAAAAGUAAAAGUCGGUCGCAAUAUAGAGACUCUCCUAGAAAUGAACGUCAGAGUGGUUAUAAGCAUUCUGGUGGAUCUCGUCAUGAUCGGAGGGGACGCAAGGAAGUUCACGACACUCGCGACCGUCGUUCCCGCUCAUCUGAUGAAUACUUUGACGGUAACCGUCGAGAUCGAUCGUGGACACCGUAUGGAGAUGUACCUUCUUUCAAUUAUAAUUAUAAAUUCAAUUACAAUGCAAGAUACAAUCGUAACAAAAAUUUCUACCGUUCACGCUCGCGUUCAUCAUCAGGAUGGCAGCGGCGAGACCGAAGCAGGAGCAGAUCAGGUCGCGAAAGAACUCCAAGGAAAAUAAGGGAUAAUCGCAGACGAUAAUUUCGAUGUGAUUUCAAUAAAUGUUUUUCAUCAGCCUAUUUGAAUUAUUAUUUGCGUACACUUUAUUCGUUUGAAGCUAAACAGAAGUCUCCGAAAAUCUGAUUUCGCGUUUAUCAGCUUAUCAAAGAACGUUUUUCAAGCACCUGGUAUGACGCGUUUUGUAGGUCAGGUCAGAUGUCAAUCUCUAAGGUGUGUCUUGGUGUUGUUGCCUUGUUUCACUUGCACUUUAUAGGAAUCGGUACUAGCUAUACGGUUCGUCGUAUUCGUCCGUUUAUGACAAGAUGUAGAACAUACGUAUGAAAUAUUAAUGGAAGUAAUAGUAAAAAUGUACACGGGUAGAAUAGAUGGACAAUUACAAGUGGAAAAUCUGAGGUGAAGCAAAGCCUAAAACAAAAUUGUUUUCGGAGAAAUAUUUUGUUUUGAAGCCAGUAGGAUUUACGAGACUUCGAAAUCUAGUGUCUACAUCCAAAAGGAUUAGGGUCAAGGGAGUACUUGUCAACUAUUGGGACAGCGAUGGUCUAGUUAGCGAGGUUUAUUGCUGUGAUGAGUUCGCUCUUAUAACUGCUUCAUUUACUAACGGGCGUGGUACGUUGUUCCAAAACGCUAUCUGGGCGUGAUUCACUGUUU